CAGUCCUCGGUGGACAGGCGUGCCGAUGCUGUCCGUCCAGCCCAAAGGGAAGCAGAAGGGCUGCGCCGGCUGCAACCGCAAGAUCAAGGACCGCUACCUGUUGAAGGCUCUGGACAAGUACUGGCACGAGGACUGCCUCAAGUGCGCCUGCUGCGACUGCCGCCUGGGCGAGGUGGGCUCCACCCUCUACACCAAGGCCAACCUCAUCCUGUGCCGCCGAGACUACCUGAGGCUGUUUGGCACCACGGGAAACUGCGCUGCCUGCAGCAAGCUGAUCCCAGCCUUCGAGAUGGUGAUGCGGGCCCGGGACAAUGUGUAUCACCUCGACUGCUUCGCCUGCCAGCUCUGCAACCAGAGAUUUUGUGUGGGAGACAAAUUCUUCCUGAAGAACAACAUGAUCUUGUGUCAGAUGGACUAUGAGGAGGGGCAGCUCAAUGGCACCUUUGACUCGCAGGUUCAGUAAUGCCCGGCGCCUGGCCUCCGGCCCAUCUGUCCGUCUGCCCGCCUGCCCACCGCCCGGCCGGCCAACUGCUCUCCCGCCAAUUAGAACUCCUCCGUCCUCCACGGGAAGGACGGCCCUCCCUCCGCCGUUGCCCGUCUGUGUGUGACCCUCCUGGGGCCAGGCUGGGCCUGUACAGUCUGUCUUCUGUAUAUAAAUGGGAACAUUUAUUUUAUGAGAAAUGUAAUGCGAUUUUAUUACUGGCGUGGAUUAAACUUAUGAAUGUUUCCGGGGAGGUUA